CGGGUGAGGAGGGGUAGUUUACAGGAAGCACCUGAACGCAGCACCGCAUUAUAGCAAGUCCAGCGGCUGUGGCUUGAAAAGAUGCAAACUAUAAAGUGUGUGGUGGUGGGUGACGGUGCAGUGGGAAAGACAUGCCUGCUCAUCUCAUACACGACGAACAAGUUUCCCUCUGAAUACGUUCCUACGCUUGUGUCUCCCCCUGCAGGUCAGGAGGAUUACGACAGACUGCGACCCCUCAGCUACCCUCAGACUGACGUCUUCCUCGUUUGUUUCUCUGUUGUAUCACCUUCAUCCUUCGAGAACGUCAGAGAGAAGUGGGUGCCAGAGAUUUCACACCACUGCCCACGGACGCCCUUCCUGCUGGUGGGGACUCAGGUGGAUCUCAGAGACGACAGCAACACCCUGGAGAAGCUGGCCAAGAACAAACAGCGAGCCCUGAGCUGUGAGAGCGGAGAAAAACUGGCUCGUGAGCUGAAGGCCGUCAAAUACGUGGAGUGUUCGGCUCUGACGCAGGUACGGAGAGAAGUAGUCGCCUGA